AAAAGGGACGAAGAAAAAGGAAUGAGAGAAAAGAAACGAAAUGAAAAAAAAAAACAAAAAAAAGAAAAGGAACAAAAGAUAAAAAGGGAUAAAGAAAAGGGACGAAGAAAAAGGAAUGAGAAAAAGGAAAAGAAACAAAU